CCCCUACCCCGGGAGAGACCCGGUAUAAAUGGGAUGACUGGAAAAUCAGUGAAGCAGACAGUCAACAGUCAAGCUGCAAGACUCACCCCAGUGAGUCAAGAUCCGAGAGUCACCCCAGGCAGCCAAGACCGAGGACCGGGAGAGAAGCAGCCAUACUCCGUCUGGGAUUCAACAAGAGGACUCAGCCAGCCAGAGCCAGCGAGGACCAGCCGUUGCGACCAUCGAGCCAAGUCAGAGGUCGAGAGAAGAGAUGCUGUGAACACUGAUCGUGGCGAGCAUCGUUUGGGAAGAACUCGCCCAGGAUCUUUGGUCAACGGCACAGUCCAGUUGUGCGGUGCUCUAUCAUCCACGAUCUGCAAAGGUUUAGACCACCGGAAGUCUCUAUCGAAGAGAAGGAGACCGCGAUACCCCGAUAGAUAGUCAACUCCAAACGGUCCGCAAGGUCUUCAGGAGAAUAGUGCAGUGUUUAUACGUUCUGCAUCACGUUAUCUACUACUGGAAAGAAACAAAUAGAAAGGGGACUACUCCAAAAUCUCGCUUGCACAUUUGAACAAAGUGCGGAGGCUUUUCUCUUCACAGAUUAAUGUCAGUUUGGGUCGUAGCAAUGAAAUGGCCGGGACGGUGUGUGGAGAACGCUUUGGUUUAUGUGCAAUGCGCGAUUCUCAGCUUUUUCAAAGACGGUUUUAGCCAACAGAAGGCAUUUACAC